CGCCCCUUUCAUCCAGAACUUUUUUCUCUCUUGACACCGUAAUGGAAAACUCGACCUCCCUGAAGCAAGAUAAAGGAAACCAACAAACGGGGGAAGAAGGGCGGCCAUGGGAAGAAAUGACAGUAGCUUCUUCCCAAGAUCCUGAGCCUACUUCAUCUAAGACCUCGGAGUCCGAGUCAGCGCUGGAAUCUGGACCCCAGUCCAGAAGUAGCCCUCCUUGGAGCCGUCCAUCCAGAGGCAGCACACCUCCGGAUGAAGGCACAGGACCAGGUGCAUCACCUCGACCUCCUCUUCCUCAGGAACCCUCUUCUACUCCUCCUCCCCCGGCUCUGGCCAGACAGGUCCUUGAGGCACCAUGGCAGUCAGACAGGACCGCUAGUGUGAUUCCUGAAGCUGAGACACCUCACUCUGACCAUUUGGAACAACCACCUGAUAAAGGAGAAUCAAGUCCUUAUCAAACAUGCCAAUCGAAGCGAAACGGCUUUCAGCAACCUCAGCAAACCAACGGCCGCCUGUAUGGACCGAAGGAUGUGAGCUGUAACCACGCUGAACAAAAAAAGCUGAGAUUUGACCUUUUACAGGAGACAGACUCAAACAGUCAGGAUGAUCCGGGCGACGCUGAGCCUGGGGCCUGGAAAGCGGCCCCCAGCCUGACUGAGACUGCCAUUCAGAGUGCUAAGGCUUACCUACUGCAGAGCAGCAGCAAGUCGGGCUUAAAUCUGUAUGAUCAUCUUUCUAAUAUGCUGAGCAAGAUCUUAGAUGAGCGUCCCAAAAAUGCUGUGGACAUCAUUGAGAAUAUUAGCCAAGAUGUGAAGAUGGCACAUUUUAGUAAAAAAUUAGAUACACUCCAAAAUGAGAAUGAGAUGCUUCCAACAUAUGAUAUAGCUGAGAAGCAAAAGGCUCUUUUUCUCCAGGGAAAUUUGGAAAGAGCUGACCAAGAACUGGAAGAUGAAAUAGCAGAAAACUCUCUUCCAAAUGUAAUGGAGUCAGCUUUUUAUUUUGACCAAGCUGGUGUUGGUUUGGGCACAGAUGAGACUUAUCGCAUAUGUCUUGCCCUCAAGCAGCUUACUGACACCCACCCAAUCCAAAGAUGCCGUUUCUGGGGCAAGAUAUUUGGCCUGGAAAUGAAUUAUAUUGUAGCUGAAGUGGAAUUUCGUGAGGGAGAAGAUGAAGAGGAGAUGGAAGAGGAAGAUGUAAUUGAACAGAGGGACAAUGGAGACAGUGAAGGUGAAGGUGAUGAAGAUGAAUUACCAAGGUCCUCUUACAAGGCCCCACAGGCUAUACCAAAAGAAGAAUGUAGAACAGGUGCCAACAAAUAUGUCUACUUUGUCUGCAACGAACCAGGAAGACCAUGGGUGAAGUUACCACCAGUUACACCUGCACAAAUUGUUAUUGCAAGAAAAAUCAAGAAAUUUUUCACUGGGCAUUUGGAUCACCCCAUUGUAAGCUAUCCACUUUUCCCAGGAAAUGAGAGUAAUUACUUACGAGCACAAAUUGCCAGAAUUUCAGCAGGGACCCACGUCAGCCCUCUAGGAUUCUAUCAGUUUGGAGAAGAGGAAGGAAAGGAGGAGGAAGAGGUAGAAGGCAGGAGAGAAUACUUUGAAGAAAACCCAGAUUUUGAAGGCAUCCAAGUGAUUGAUAUGGUGGAAUCCCUAUCCAAUUGGGUUCAUCAUGUUCAACGUAUUCUCCCUCAGGGUCGCUGUAAUUGGUUCAACCCCGUACAAAAAAUUGAGGAGGAGGAAGAAGAGGAUGAUGAAGAAAAAGAAGAAGAAAACGAAGAGCCUGACUACAUAGAAGAAGUGGGGCCUCCUCUCUUGACACCAAUCUCUGAAGACUUAGACAUCCAGAAUAUACCACCUUGGACAACACGACUAUCCUCAAAUGUCAUUCCUCAAUAUGCUAUUGCUGUUCUUAGAUCCAACCUUUGGCCUGGAGCAUAUGCCUUUUGCAAUGGCAAAAAGUUUGAAAAUCUCUACAUAGGCUGGGGUCAUAAAUAUAGCCCAGACAGCUAUACACCCCCAGUUCCACCACCAGUUUGUCAAGAAUAUCCCAGUGGACCAGAAAUUACAGAAAUGGAUGACCCUAGUGUGGAAGAGGAGCAAGCUUUCAGGGCUGCACAAGAAGCAGCUGUACUUCUGGAUGAGGAAGAUGAAGACACUGAGCAAGACGAAGAUGAGGAAGAGGAUUAUGACUAAUGAAAAUAAAAUUGGCGCAGUCUUGAGACUGAUACAUACAUACUCCUUAUGUAGGGCUGACUGUAUAUAUAAAUUGGCAACCAUUCAUACACAAAAUGUCAUUUCUUGAAAAUAUCAAAUUUGGAAUUUCAUAUGUGGAACUGUAAAGAUGUGCAUAUAGAAAGAUGCUCAAUGGACAGAGGCUAAAUGACAGGUUCUUACACCAUUGUUCGGAGAGCUACAACGAAUGGAGUGUGCACUUU